CAGAGGGGAUUCUGGGAUUUGCAGUCUCCUGGAAAGAGAUUUACUACAUCUGCAUGGAGGGUUCCUGGACUCCCAGAAUCCUUUUCUGUGGGAUGCUAGGCAUGUGCAGUGUGACACACAGGAGCAGCGUCUGCAGUCCUGAGCCCCCAGCCUGCGCCUGUGUGGGUGGUAGGUGACACCGCGCUCUCUCUCUCUCUCUCUCUCUCUCUCUCUCUCUCUCUAGGAUGAGAUGCAGAAUAACAUUGUAUAGGAUGUCACUGAGCCCCAGCUGGUGCUCCCAGCCCUGCAGAGAUUGGAUGCUGCGCUCGCUGCUGGAAGCUCAUUAAUUACGGGUCGCGGAUUGUCCAUAGAAUUCCAGCACUGGGGCGCAUUCUAAUUUUGGGAAACAUUAAUUGGUGUCUUUGCUGCCAGCGUUCCGCAUCAAGGAGCCCUCUCUGCUCAAGGUGGAGGCAUUCCUAUUGCUGGAUGCACAUUGGCUGAAGGAAUUAGGAGCAGUAAUUCCCGAAGGUUCUAAUGGGCUGCCAGGAGGUGCACGCUAUUACUCUGCUUGCCUUUGUCUGUGGUACGGCCUCCGUCUCGGGACUGUUUACUGCCAUUCUUCUUCCCCAAUGGAGACAGAUGAAGCUGUACACUUUCAACAGGAACGAGAAGAAUCUGACAGUGAGCAUGGGAUUAUGGGUAAAGUGCACUCGCUUAGAGUGGAGCAGGGAGUGCAUGAUCUACGACCGGGACUGGUACGCCACCGUGGACCAGCUUGACAUCCGCAUUCUGCAGUUUGCACUUCCUUUCAGCAUUUUGACUGCCGCCUCGGCCCUUGUCCUUGUCCUGACCGGGAUCUGUAACACCACCUUCAGCACCAACAUGCCGAGUCUUAAGCUGGCCAAGUGCCUGGUCAACAGUGCCGGAUGCCACCUCGUGGCGGGCAUGUUGUUCUGCUUGGCGGGAGUGAUGAGCGCUACUCCAUCUACCUGGGUAAUACUCUAUAACAGCAUUUUGAACAGCAAGUACGGACCGUAUUUCACCUAUGAUAUCGCCGUCUUUGUCGCUUUAGGGAGCUCUGGCGGGAUGUUUUUCACAGCUGCUCUCCUGUUCGGUUGGUACUGUAACUGCAAAACUCUGACAUCAUCAUAUUGGCAGCCAUUGUACUCCCAUAUGCCCAAUAUGCAGAAUUAUAUCCCCCCAUCCUACUCUGCCCAGGCCCACCUGUCGCCCAUUGAAAUAGACUUUCCCGUCACGUACACGGUGUAGUGAAAAUGUAAUUUCAGACUUUUAGAUAGAUACUCGUAAAGAAAAGCAGAAACAAGGAUAAUUCAUUGUCAGAUGUUGUGAUUGGAGAAAAUGAUGUAUUUAUUUUAAAUUAAAGGGUAAAUUGAUAUAAAACAGAACUCCAGAAAAACUUCUAAAUACACAGCUGGAAUACAUAUUCCUGGGUUUAACCCAGGGCCGUCUUUAAUAUUAAUUGGACCCUGGGCAAACAUUUUCUUGGGCCCUCCCAAAUCCACUUAUGAAC